AUGAUGGAAAAUGAUGGUGAUGAUGAUGAUACAAAGCUCAAGGAAGAAAUAGAAGCUGAAUUGGAUAAAGUCAGCAUUUCUUCAUUAGAAAAAGAUGAUGUUGAUAGUGAUUCAAAAUCAGACAUCCAGAGUGAUGAUAGUGAUACAGAUUUGGAUGAAUUACCUGAGUCAGUUCUUCACUGUAUUAACAUCAUAAAGAAUAAGAGCAAAACUGCGGAAGAGCUCAUUCUUCAGGACUUGGAAGAUACCGAUGUUUUAAGCUGUAGUUAUGGAGUGGUUCCUAAUAAUCACAUGCAUUUAAAGAUAGAAUUAUCAACUGAACAUAAAGAACAUCCGGAACAGUUAAUAAAGAUGUUGUCUGAAAUAGAAAAAGAAGAAUUUCUGAGGAAUAAAACCCAUUGUGGUGGUCCUGAUUCUAUUCCAGAGCCUGAUCCUCAUGAUUUGCCUGUGGAUAAACAUGUUUUGCCAGAUGAUGCUGAUAUAAAUUUUGGAUACUGUGAAGUGGAAGAAAGAUGUAGGCAGUCUUUUGAAGCUUGGCAAGAGAAACAGAAAGAACUGGAAGACCAGGAGAAAGAAACUCUCAAAGCUCAAAGGGAUAGAGAAAAAAGGCAAUUUCAAGAAGAAGAAGAAAAGAGACAUUGCUGGAUGAAACAAUUUGAAGUUGAAAAAAAGAAAUUAGAGAAUAUUCAGAAGCAAGAACAGGACAAGAUGAAUGAUGAACUCCAUAAAGAAGAGAAAAUGUGGAAAGAGAAAUUUAAAAAGCACGAGGAGUUUAUUAAAAGCUUGCAUUUACAAAUGGAAGAAGAAAGAACAAGAAUUAAAGAUCUACAAGAAAAAGAAAAAAUGCGUUUGUUAAAACGGCAGCAUAAUGCAGCUGUAACAAUUCAGGCUAAAUAUAAAGCCUUUGUGGCCUACCAAAAAUAUAACCCCAUCAUAAAAGAACAAUUAGAAAGUAAGAAAAGGAAAGCACAAGAGUGGAAAGAAAAGGAAGCAAAAAUACGUCAGAUGGAAGAAGAAAAACUAAAAAGAUUGGAGGAAGAACAAAAGGUAGAAGAAGAGAGAAAAAAGCAGAAGCAGGAGGAAAGGAGGAAGAGAGAAAAAGAAUAUGAAGAAAAAAAGACCAUCAUAAGAAGAGAAAAAGAGCAACUACUAAGCAAGGAAAGAUUAAGAUUAAGAGAAGAUGCACACAAACAGCUAAUAAUAAGUAGAGCAUUAAAAAAAGAUGAAUAUAAUAUCGAGAAUUUGACUGUUGAAGAUACAUCAAAGAAUAAGGAUGACAUAGCCAAAAAGGUAGGAGAUGAAAAGUCAAAGAAAUGGGAAGAUGUUCCCCUCUGGCUACUUGAAAAAUCAAAUAGGACAGAGAAUGUAGAUAGACAGCUAGUAUUAAAAGAAUCAAUACAAGUGCAAUCAAAAGAUCCUAUUAUAAACCAGGCAAUUUUGGCAGAAUUUAAAGUAAAAAAUGAAAACCUGGCAAAACAACAAUAUUCUGAAAAAAUUGUAAAAGAAGAAAGAAAAUGUGAAAAUACAGACAAAAAAACUGAAUUGGAAAAGCCAGAUCUAAAAGAAAAUGUGAAAGAGCAAUUUCAGAUGCAAGAAUUAAAGCUUCAAAUACAAAAAGGGGAACAUAUGAAAACUGCCAUAAAUGAGAAUAUGAAACAAGAUACCCAAAUAAUAUUAGGACAUAAUGAAGAAAUUAACAAGGUGAAAAACAAUGAAGCAUGGGAAAUAAUCCAAGAUAAUCAACAGAAUAAGAUACAAAAAGCAGAAAAAGAAGAGCUAACAGAACAGAAUGGAACAUUAUAUGAAGAGAAUAAUAUUUCAGUAGUUUCAAUGAAGCAGCAAGCACUAAAAUUAGAAAAUUCUGAAGUUAUAGGGGAAAAUAAAACAAUACAAGAAAAAGAAAUUGAUUUAAAAUCCAAGGAAACUGAGGAGGUCCCAAAAGGCAAUGCUCUGAAUAGUGAUGUGAUUUUUAACAGCAGUAAUUCCAUGGUAACUAUAGAAGGCAAAAUAAAUGAGCAAGAUUAUAUUUUCGGUAGAAAUGGUCUUUGUGAAGACUUGGGUAGCUAUAAUGCAAAAAGCUCCUUAAUUUUUAAAGAAAUAAACUCUCUUAAAUCUCAACUUAAAGAAAUCCCAGAAGAAUGUCAUGAAAAUAGAGCUGAAUGUGAAAGUAUUGUGACCUGUUGUUUAUCAAAGCCAACACUUCUAUCUUCUAUUGAAGAAAAGAGGCUAGCUUGGAUAAAAGCACAUAAACCUUGGUUUGAAAUUUUCAAACAAAACCAACAAAAAAUAUUUGUUCAGAGGAAGAGACCUGUAAAAUGCCCAGCCAACAUGAUGCCCCCUUUGACUACGUUAGAAAUUCUUCAAUGUGGCCCUUGGAAGACUUUACAGCAGGUCACAACAGUUACAUUUCAAGAUUUGCCAGGUUGUAGUCUCUCCACACUAGCAGAGUGUCCAAAUCUUCAGUUUUUGUCUCUUAGACGCUGUGGAUUAAUUUCUUUGCACAGCCUGAGUAACUGCAAAAAACUGAAGCAUAUUGAUGCCCAGGAAAACCAUAUUGAGACUAUCAAUUGUGAAAAUUUGGACAAUCUCUGUGUUGUUCUUCUUAAUAAAAAUCAACUGACUUCUUUUCAUGGUUUGGAUGGCUGCACUAAUAUCCAGAAUCUUGAACUCUCACAUAAUAAAAUCACUCGAAUUGGUGGUUUAGAAUCUUUGAGGAAUCUUCAGCAACUAAUUGUGGACCACAAUCAGUUAAUUAGUACAAAAGGUCUUUGUGAUACUCCUACCAUUAUAUACCUGGAUUGCUCACAUAAUCAUCUAACUAAAGUUGAAGGUAUUGAAAACUGUGGAUUGCUCCAGGUACUGAAGUUACAGGGAAAUUAUCUAAGUGAGCUUCCAUCCUUGGAGAAUCAUGUUCUACUAAGAGAAUUGCACUUGGAUGAUAACAGCAUUUCAACUGUGGAAGCACUUUCUUCCUAUUGGCUGCCUUUACUACAGAACCUGACUAUCUCUCAAAACAGCUUGACCAAAAUCAUACCACUUUUUCAUUUUGUUUCUUUGGAAAAACUAGAUGUCAGCAACAAUUGUCUUUCUGAUCUUACAAGUGCCAUUAGGUGGUUUGAUGCAUGCUAUUCUCUCCAUGAAUUGUCUAUCACUGGAAACCCACUUCUUCAAGAAAUAAACUGGAGGGAUUUUCUACUUAAAGUGUUACCAGCUCUAAGAAUCCUCAAUGGUGAAAUGCUAAACUCUUAUUCAGAAAGGCAAACUGAAGAAUACUAUGAGCCAGAAUUAGGACGUUUUGUGAUACUUUGUCAGUCUCAGAUUCAAGAAUUCAACUCACUAGUUGAAAGCUAUAUUAAUGGAAAAGGAAAUUUUGUCACCUUGGAUGCUGCAGAAAAUCUCUGCCAUUAUUUUAAUAAAUUAAUGACACUUAGUAAUGAAUGCCGAUAUUCACAUGAACAUGGGAAUGUAAGUGUCACCCAGAGAGAAGACUCUGAAAUCCAGCAAAAUCAUUUGACCCCUACAAAUAGUGAUAGCGUACUGCAAAAUAGAGUUCUCCACUCUUGUGCAGACAAAUAUAAACUGGACUCACCAGAUACCUCUGAGAAAUGGAUGAACUCUGGCUCUAGUCAUUCCACAUUUACCAACUCCUUAUGUGAAGAUACAGAAGGAAGAAAUCAGGAAGAAAUAGUAGACCAAAAAAGAAAAAAAAGCAAAUCAAACAGUAUCUCCAUGGAAAGAAUCCCAUUCAUGGAAACAGUAAUGACAAGUUCUCUGCUGUGGAAUUGCCAAAAUACUGAACAUCGUAAAAAAAUUAUGGCAGCUAUGGUAAUCCAGGCAUACUGGCGUGGUUACAUCGUGCGCAGACGUAUUCAUUUCUCUACAAAGCUACAGCCCGCUGCAAUAGGACCCCUGAGGUCCGAGCCAAAUUACUGCAUCAAGAAUAAAACUAUUUUAAAGAAAGAAAAAAGAGAAAACACUGUGAAUAUCCAAGAACAGAGGGAGAAGUCUGCCAUUCUUAUUCAGGCAGUUUGGAAGGGCUUUCUUUUGAGAAAGAAACUGACAACAGCUUUAGAGGCUAUUAAGAAUGAAGAAUCUGAAGAAGAAUAUGAAGAAAUAAACUUAGAGGAUUUUACGUUUGACGAAGCUGCCUUAGAGAAAGAAUGGCUAACUUUAGAUUCCACCCGCUUUCCUUCACAAACACUGCUUGUCCCAAACCAGCUGCACUGGCCAAAGUUCUCUGGAACCUUAAAAUAUGAUGAUACUUCACUGAAUUUACGAAGUCAUCCAGCUCAAGCAUGGCUGUGUAAUGAGAAAGAAGAUUUGUUUUCAUCAGAACACACACAGUUUAAUAGCAGAGCACAAAAUAGGACUUUAUCCUGGACUCCUGAAUCAAAGACCAGCGGAAAGAGUUUGCUAAAAACUGAAAAAGAAGAAAAAAUUUCAAAAGAAUGGGGCUUUAAGGAUAUUGCUACUGCUCAGCAAAUGUUGAAGAGAGCACAGAAGAUGAAAUCAAAGAAAUUAAGGAAAAAAUUAGAUCCCAUGGUUUGCCUAGCAUUAUUAAAAAACAAUGAAAAUAAAGUUUCUGUUACAAAAUCACCAAAGAUGGCACAACCCAGAAGAGAUGGUUACUUUGAAGGUAAGAAAGAAGAACUUAUCUACAAGGAUGCCUCUCCGAAUGAAAAAUUAGAAAGGAGUAAAGAAUACACAUACCAAUGGCUUCACACACAGGUUGGGAUUCAUGAAACAACUAAUUCGAGAAAUAUGAAAUGCAAUCAUUUCUUGCCUGAGUUAGAUCCAGAUGUACUUAAUGGUGGAAGAGUUCAGCUUGUGGCAAGACUUGUAAGCAGAGAAGACACGGAUUUAGACCUUUUUUCCAUGACCAGUGGAAGUGCUUUGUCUGUGAAGAGAGAGAAAAAAAAUCAGGCACACAGACACUCAGCGGGAUCUUCAAGUAAGUUGUGGUUUCCUUCAGAAUUAAUUUAG